AUGGCAGCGAUAUCCAUGUUCCCCCUGCAAGCGCACAGCUCCAUCGAGCUACCCAGCCUCCUGCCCACCCCCCCAAUGGGCUUCAACAACUGGUCACGCUUCAUGUGCGAUCUCAACGAGACACUCUUCACAGAGACCGCCGACGCCAUGGUCUCCAACGGGCUCCUCUCAGCAGGCUACAACCGAAUCAACAUCGACGACUGCUGGAUGGCAUACUCGCGCUCCCCCGACGGCUCUCUACAAUGGAACACGACCAAAUUCCCGCACGGAAUCCCCUGGCUAGCCGAGUACGUCAAAACCCGAGGCUUCCACCUCGGCAUCUACGAAGACUCGGGAAACAUGACCUGCGGGGGGUAUCCAGGAUCAUACGAGCACGAAGAAACUGACGCGCAGACCUUCGCCUCGUGGGGGAUCGACUACCUGAAACUCGACGGAUGCAACGUCUACGCCACGGAUGACCGAACCCUGGAAGAAGAAUACAAACACCGCUACGGGCACUGGCACUCGAUCCUCGCCAACAUGACCCACCCACUCAUCUUCUCCGAGUCCGCCCCGGCCUACUUCGCCGGCACCCCCAACAACACAAACUGGUACACGGUAAUGGACUGGGUGCCUAUCUACGGGGAACUAGCGCGGCACUCGACCGACAUCCUAGUCUACAGCGGCGCGGGCAGCGCAUGGGACAGCAUCAUGGUAAACUACAACUACAACACGCUGCUCGCGCGCUACCAACAACCUGGGUACUUCAACGACCCGGAUUUCCUGAUCCCGGAUCAUCCCGGACUGACGGGGGAUGAAAAACGGUCGCAUUUUGCGCUGUGGGCGUCGUUUUCGGCGCCGUUGAUUAUCAGCGCGUAUAUACCCGCGCUGAGCACAGAGGAAAUCGUGUAUUUGUCGAAUAGGGCGUUGAUAGCGGUGGAUCAGGACGCGUUGGCGCAGCAGGCGACGCUGGCGAGUCGGGACGAGACCCUGGAUGUGCUGACACGGAGUCUGGCGAAUGGGGAUCGGUUGUUGACGGUGCUGAAUCGGGGGAAUACCAGCGUGAAGGCGGAGAUACCGGUGUCGUGGCUGGGGCUGGGUAUAGAUGAGAAUACGGAUGGGUGUGUGUAUAGUGCGCAGGAUCUCUGGGACGGGAGUUUCCGGGAGAUAAGCGGUCGGGUGGAGGUGGAGUUGGACACGCACGCUACCGCCGUGUUCAGGAUAAGUCUUCCGGAGGGAUGUAGGACGGUCGUGCCGACGGGGAUUGUGUUUAAUACUGCGUCGGGGAAUUGUUUGACGGCGGGGGAGAAUUCCACGGUGGCGUUUGAGACGUGCCAGGGGCAGGGCUCGCAGAUUUGGCAGGUUGAGGCGUCAGGGACGAUUAGUCCGUUGUCCAGGGCUGGGAUGUGUUUGACGGCUGGUGGGGAGUCGGUCAGUCUGCAGGGGUGUGCGAGUGGGAGUAAGGAUCAGGGGUGGACGUAUGCGGUGUCGGGGAAUUUGAAGAAUGAGGCCACUGGGGGCUGUCUGACGGAGGGUGUGCUGCAGAUGAAGACUUGUCUGGAUGAGCGGAAUGAGCAGGUGUUUGGGCUGCCGAGUGGUGUUGAUGUGUCGUGA